AUGGCCAGCGUUGCGAGCCCGGCACCUGCUGCGCGCAGCACGGCGCCUGCGCCGGUCGAUCCGACGCAGGCAACGCCGCUGCCCAAGACCGUCAUAACGCGUGCACAGAUUGCACAGCGUAUCGCCCAAGGCGAGGUGCUCGUGCUGCACCGCCGCCUUGUGUACAAACUCGACAACUGGAUCCACCAACAUCCAGGCGGCGACCUCGCGAUCCUGCACUUUGUGGGCCGCGACGCGAAGGACGAGAUCGAGGUGUACCACUCACACGAGACGAUCACUCAGCACAUGCGCCGCUUUGCCAUUGCACAGCUCGCCGAAGAGGACGCGACCGAUGUGGCAAAGGGACGGGUGUACCGCCCGCUGAUGCCGCCCAUCCAGCUCGGCUACCGCAACGGGAAGCUCGACCACCCCGACGCACAGCUCGCUGCGUGGAGUGCAUCGGACGCGUCCAAGGAGGGUGCGCCGCGCAUCGCCUCGUUUCCGCUCCCGGUCGAGAUGCUCGAGCCGCCGGCGAGCGAGCUUUCGUCCUUAAAAGAGGCGCGCAUCUCGGCCGCCUUUGAAAAGAUGCACGCGCAGAUCAAGGAUGCGGGUCUGUACAAGCUGCGUCCCCACCACUACCUACGCGAGGGCGUGCGCUACGCCGGCCUCGGCGCCCUUGCUUAUGUCUGCUACCAGGCAGCGAAAGGCCAGGAGGGAUGGCCGCAGUCGGCGCUGUACUGCAUCUCGGCCGCCUUCCUCGGGCUGAUGUGGCAGCAGCUCACGUUCCUUGCGCAUGACUCGGGCCAUACCGGCGUCACGCACGACUACAGCUUUGACCGCUGGCUCGGCGUGACGGUCGCGUCGUACCUCGGCGGCCUCUCGCUCGUGUGGUGGUGCGACAACCACGAUGUGCACCACCUCGUGACGAACCAUCCCGAGCACGACCCCGAUAUCCAGCACAUGCCGAUCUUUGCCAUUUCGCCGCGCUUUGUGAACGAGCCCGAGAAAGGCGGCAAGCAGACGGUCGGCCUCUGGUCGUCAUACUACCGCCGCGUGAUGUACUUUGACGCGUUUGCCAAGGUCCUGCUGCGCAUGCAGCACCGGCUGUACUUUAUUAUAAUGUCGCUCGCGCGCUUCAACCUGUACGCGCUGUCCUACAGCUUUUUGCUCCUGCGCGCGCGCCGCGACAAGUGGUUCUGGUACGAGGCGACUGGGCUCGCCGUGUUCUGGUACUGGUUCGGCGGCCUGGUGAUCGGCUCGCUGCCGUCGUGGCAGAUGGGCGUCGCCUACCUGCUCAUUUCGCACAUCUUUGCCUCGCCGGUGCAUGUGCAGAUCGUUCUUUCGCACUUUGCGCAGGACACGCGCGACCUGGGGCCGCAGGAGUGCUUUGCCUCGCGCCAAAUCCGCACGACAAUGGACGUGCAGUGCCCGCCGUACCUCGACUUUGUCCACGGCGGUCUCCAUAUGCAGGUGACGCACCACCUCUUCCCCCGUAUGCCCCGCCACAACCUGCGCGAGACGCGCGACCGCUUCGUCGAGCCGUUCUGUAAGGCACAGGGGCUGACGUACGAGGAGAUGUCCUUUGCACCGGGCAACGGCAAGGUGCUCAGCCGCAUGAAGGAGGUCGCGGACCAGGUGCAGUUUCUCUUAUGUGUUGCCAACGCGCAGGCCCGCGGAGAGCUGCACGGAUAG